CUAAACGGAGCCUGGAUACUUAAUUUUAUUAGUCCGAUCACGUAAACCAUAAAAAAUUUUUGAUAAUCUAAUAUCAAUCUAAAUACUCCCUGCAUUUAAUUCUAAUUUAUUUUUUGCGCUUCGCGUUACAAAUUUUUGAUAAUUCAAUCAAUCUUUUUGAGCGAAACAGAGGAUAUCUCGAUCGAGGGAGAAAAUGGGGAAAUCCCAUAUAGCCCAAUAUAUCUGACAAGUCGCACUAUAUGUCAACCCAAGAUGUAUCUCCUUCUCCAGGACUUCGAAAAGGUACUUUUGGAACGCCAAUAGGCAUGAAAUGAAAAAAAAAGAGAAUGAAGUUCUCUAUUUCACUUUGAUGUGGAAACGUAAGACUGGGGUUUCAUUUUUUUUUAUCAUAUUAUCCUUUUUUCCUACUUUAUUAAUAUUAAUCAUAUUUAAAUUAAUCAUAUUUAAUACAGAAGUUGAAUAAGCUAAAAUAAAAUAUAAAAUAAAAGUAAAGUAAGAGAGAAUGAAUAAAAAUUAAAGGAAACUUUUUACGAACGGGCUUCUGAACAACAAUAGCUAUCUUGGUUCAUAUAACAUAGGAUUCACCCCCAUUGCGUAUUGGUACUUAUCGGAUAUAGAAUAGAUCCGCUUCCCUUUUUUCCUAUGAAUCGAAUUGUUCCAUUAUUACUAACAGAAUAGAACAAAUAUUAAUCCUUUCUCCGAAAUAAUUACCUAAAAAGGGGGGGUCCGUAACAUAGUUUUUUCCAAUGCAAUAAAGUUACAUAGUGUCUAUUUUUCAUUGAUAAAGGGGUAUUUCCAUGGGUUUGCCUUGGUAUCGUGUUCAUACUGUUGUAUUGAAUGAUCCCGGUCGUUUGCUUUCGGUUCAUAUAAUGCAUACUGCUCUGGUUGCUGGUUGGGCCGGUUCCAUGGCUCUAUAUGAAUUAGCUGUUUUUGAUCCCUCCGACCCUGUUCUUGAUCCAAUGUGGAGACAAGGUAUGUUCGUUAUACCUUUCAUGACUCGUUUAGGAAUAACCAAUUCAUGGGGCGGUUGGAAUAUUACAGGAGGGACUAUAACGAAUCCGGGUCUUUGGAGUUACGAAGGGGUAGCCGCAGCACAUAUCGUGUUUUCUGGCUUGUGCUUCUUGGCAGCUAUUUGGCAUUGGGUAUAUUGGGAUCUAGAAAUUUUUUGUGAUGAACGUACAGGAAAACCUUCUUUGGAUUUGCCCAAGAUUUUUGGAAUUCAUUUAUUUCUUUCAGGAGUGGCUUGCUUUGGUUUUGGCGCAUUUCAUGUAACAGGAUUAUAUGGUCCUGGAAUAUGGGUAUCCGACCCUUAUGGACUAACCGGAAAGGUCCAACCCGUAAAUCCGGCGUGGGGCGUGGAGGGUUUUGACCCUUUUGUUCCGGGAGGAAUAGCCUCUCAUCAUAUUGCAGCAGGGACGUUGGGUAUAUUAGCGGGCUUAUUCCAUCUUAGUGUUCGUCCGCCUCAACGUCUAUACAAAGGAUUACGUAUGGGAAAUAUUGAAACCGUCCUUUCCAGUAGUAUUGCUGCUGUCUUUUUUGCAGCUUUUAUUGUUGCUGGAACUAUGUGGUAUGGUUCUGCAACUACUCCCAUCGAAUUAUUUGGUCCUACUCGUUAUCAAUGGGAUCAGGGAUACUUUCAACAAGAAAUAUAUCGAAGAGUUAGUGCCGGACUAGCUGAAAAUCAAAGUGUAUCAGAAGCUUGGUCUAAAAUUCCUGAAAAAUUAGCUUUUUAUGAUUAUAUUGGUAAUAAUCCAGCAAAAGGGGGAUUAUUCCGAGCGGGUUCAAUGGACAAUGGGGAUGGAAUAGCUGUUGGAUGGUUAGGACACCCCGUCUUUAGAAAUAAAGAAGGGCGUGAACUUUUUGUACGCCGUAUGCCUACUUUUUUUGAAACAUUUCCGGUUGUUUUGGUAGACGGAGACGGAAUUGUUAGAGCCGACGUCCCGUUUAGAAGGGCAGAAUCUAAAUAUAGUGUCGAACAAGUAGGUGUAACUGUUGAGUUUUAUGGUGGUGAACUCAAUGGAGUAAGUUAUAGUGAUCCCGCAACUGUGAAAAAAUAUGCUAGACGGGCUCAAUUGGGUGAGAUUUUUGAAUUAGAUCGUGCUACUUUGAAAUCCGAUGGUGUUUUUCGUAGCAGUCCAAGAGGUUGGUUUACUUUUGGGCAUGCUUCGUUUGCUCUACUUUUCUUCUUUGGACACAUUUGGCAUGGUUCUAGAACCCUCUUCAGAGAUGUUUUUGCUGGUAUUGAUCCAGAUUUGGAUGCUCAGGUGGAAUUUGGGGCAUUCCAAAAACUUGGAGAUCCAACUACAAAAAGACAAGCAGUCUGAUGCAACAUUGCUUUUUUCUUUUAGUUUCUGUUUGCGAUUUUUUUGAUUUCAUUUAAUAGGUAGGGUACUGUAGGAAUCUUGAUUUAAAUCGCUGCCGUUUCUUUGACUCUUUUUUGUUCUUUAUCCGGAGGUAUACUCCUUCAGUAAACAUAAACAAAACAGGUAUGAAAGCUAUAAUUGUAAACCACGAUCAAAUUUAUGGAAGCAUUGGUUUAUACAUUUCUCUUAGUAUCGACUUUAGGGAUCAUUUUUUUCGCUAUUUUUUUUCGGGAACCGCCUACAAUUUCAACUAAAAAAUGAAAUAAUUUUUCAUUCUCUUCAUUGACGUAAUCAGCCUCCAACUAUUUGGAGGCUGAUUACGUCAACUAGUCCCCGUGUUCCUCGAAUGGAUCUCUUAGUUGUUGAGAGGGUUGCCCAAAGGCAGUAUAUAGAGCAUACCCAGUAAAACUUACAAGUAACCCAGAUAUAAAGAUGGCGACUAGAGUUGCUGUUUCCAUUAUUAUAUAAUUGAAAGACCACAAUGGAUCUAUGCUAAGAUCGUUUAUUUACAACGGAAUGGUAUACAAAGUCAACAGAUCGUAAUGAAUACAAAAUAAGAUUUAUGGCUACACAAACUGUUGAAGAUAGUUCUAGAUCUGGUCCAAGAAGCACUACUGUAGGGAAGUUAUUGAAACCGUUGAAUUCUGAAUAUGGUAAAGUAGCUCCUGGAUGGGGAACGACCCCUUUGAUGGGUGUUGCAAUGGCACUAUUUGCGGUAUUCCUAUCUAUUAUUUUGGAGAUUUAUAAUUCCUCUGUUCUACUGGAUGGAAUUUCAAUGAAUUAGACUGAGAAGAAUCUUGAAGUGCUAGCUUUUUGUUCGAUACAAAAAAGUAAAGUAUGUAGGUCUAAAAUUUUGCACCUAUUCUCCUUUGGUAGUUCGACCGCGAAAUUUUUUUCUGCAUUGUAUAUUUCCGGAAUAUGAGUAAAGUUUAUGAUUGGUUCGAAGAACGUCUUGAGAUUCAAGCGAUUGCAGACGAUAUAACUAGUAAAUAUGUUCCUCCGCAUGUCAACAUAUUUUAUUGUCUAGGAGGAAUUACCCUUACUUGUUUUUUAGUACAAGUAGCUACGGGAUUUGCUAUGACUUUUUAUUACCGUCCAACUGUUACUGAGGCUUUUGCUUCUGUUCAAUAUAUAAUGACUGAAGCUAACUUUGGUUGGUUAAUCCGAUCAGUUCAUCGAUGGUCGGCAAGUAUGAUGGUCCUAAUGAUGAUCCUGCACGUAUUUCGUGUAUACCUCACCGGUGGUUUUAAAAAACCUCGCGAAUUAACUUGGGUUACUGGUGUGGUUCUGGGUGUAUUGACCGCAUCUUUUGGUGUAACAGGUUAUUCUUUACCUUGGGAUCAAAUUGGCUAUUGGGCAGUCAAAAUUGUAACAGGUGUACCUGACGCUAUUCCGGUAAUAGGAUCGCCUCUUGUAGAAUUAUUACGCGGAAGUGCUAGUGUUGGACAAUCCACUUUGACUCGUUUUUAUAGUUUACACACUUUUGUAUUACCUCUUCUUACGGCUGUAUUUAUGUUAAUGCAUUUCUUAAUGAUACGUAAGCAAGGUAUUUCUGGUCCCUUAUAAAUAAUAUAGAUUCUAGAUAUUUUUAAUUACUAAUUUAUCUUAUUACUUGGUGAAGGAACAAUCGUAUUUUAUUGCUAUAAAUAUGGAUUAUUAAAAAAAUAAGACAUGUAUUUGGAUAUUUCCCUUCAACUCCACAAUAUUGUAUUAUUUUUUUGACAUAAAAAGUUGAAGGGAAUUCUAUGAAGAGAAAAUGGAUUAUGGGAGU